ACUUGCUCGGUGCACUGGCCAGUACUGGGCUUCUCUGAAGCUUUAACCGAGAUGAGAUGUGCAGCCAAAUCGCUCGAAACGGAAGUAUCUCCAUGAUCUAUUCUCCAGAACGGCGUGCCUGGGCACGGCAUCUGCCAUUGUCUUGUCUUUUUUUUCCACCUGACUCGUGCUAUUUCUGGUCUGACGCUUUGGAAACUUCCGCGAUCACUGCAAGGGAUGGGCAGCUCGUGACAUGCUUCCGUGGAUGCGGUCCACCAACUGUCUUUGAAAAUCCGCCCUGGGUCAGUGAGAUGGAGAUGGAGAGAGAAGACUGCCUCUGUGAACAUCACUUGGCAAAGCCCUUUGUCUCUCGUGUCCUAAGCAGGAUGAGGAAAAUGUACUCUUUCUGUCGCGCUAACUUAACGCAGCCUUGGGGGCCACAUAGGGGCUACACUGCUAAAGUAUCCAACACCAUAUCCCAGUCAAGAGUGACAGAUCUUCUGGGGAAGGGGAAGUUCCUUAGCCGAGAUGGAAUAUUCCGCAGAAUUUGCUCAUACGCUAUACAACAAGGCAUUUCCGGACAGCGCUGCCAGUGCCGAGCCGCCGGGACUUUGUUUUGAUGCCAGGCGCCGGCCUAGACAGCUCGAAUCGAAGAGUUCAAAACGGUCUCGGUAAUCGAUCAGACGAGCAACCCCCCAGGACCCGUGCGCCUCAUGAGAAUGAAACUUGAAUAUGGACGGUCCCAUCGCAAUGCUGGCCCAAAUGUAAUCACCGAGCCGAACGACAGCAGCAGCUUGUUCCGAUAUACUAUGCCUCAGCCUUUGAGAAAUCAGGGUACUGGAUACAUGUAUUGAUGGGGAUAUGCGCCGGUCAGUCUGCUGACUCUGUCCUUUUGACCUCUGUAAGUUGUUUGCGGUAGGCACUGUGCAGUAGGUACUGUAGAUACGGCGCGCGCUGUCCCGGAGAGUCGUCCUUUUGUUCGAUCUACUUGCUCCUACUUGCAAGUAUGACCGGCCGCGGACAAGAACGAGGUCAUGCUGGAUCUUCCUUCACAUUGCUGCUGCUGCUGCUGCUGCUGCUGCUGGUGCCAUAGCUCACUGUGUCGGGACGAAAGUAAGGACCGCCAAAAGAGAGGAGACGACAGACAGGAACAGGAACAGGAACAGGAACAGGA